UGCAAACCAGAAAAACCCAGAAAACUCUGCUGUUCUUCUGUUACUGAUUCAUUUUUGGACUCAAUCCAGAACAACAGGAAAUGGAAAGCUGGAACAGCUGUCCUGAAACAAUCAUAUCGGUUUCUCUGCGCUGUGGUCUGUGAGUUUGAUAUGUUCAAGGAAAACACCCAUGUUUUAACAUAUCCAUCCACCCUGGUGGCCUCGUAUCAGAUGAUCUUGUCUCUGCCGCCUAUCCUUCUUCUGUAUUGAGAUCUGUGAUUCUGCAGUCUUAUUAAACCCCUCUGUUUCAAUCUUGGAGCUAUAGGCAGGCACAGUUUUUGUGUUGCUCUGAGGUGGAAAAAUGGGGGAGAAGGGAAACAUUUCUGAGUACAGAAGUAGGCUCGAUAAGACCUUGUCGUGUCGUGAUCUUGUAAACGAGGAGGCACUUAAGGGCCUCGUUAGGAAUCAAAUCCUAAGCUCGUCGAAUUUUGAGAUGGAAGGCUGUAUAGACAAUGUAGUGGAAAGAAGAACCGAGGAAUUAGGAAACACACUUGACAUGUUGAGAAGUGCCUCGUUGAGUGAUGGCGAUAAGUCAAAAUCUGGUGAUGUAUCGUAUGGUGGUUGGAAAGUUAAGCAGGAUUCAGAAGAGUUUCGGGUUAUGUAUAGAGAAGGACCAGAAGGGACUCCUUUUCAUACACUCUUAGUUGAAGGCUAUGUAGAUGGUCCAAUUGAUGUUUGUAUGUGCAUCUCGUGGGAGGCCGAUCUCUACAAGAAAUGGUGGCCUCAGACUACCGUUCCAUGUUUCAAGAUCGCUUACUCUCAGUGUUUACAGAAGGUCAGAAUCGGUGAACAGAUAUCUUUAGUAAGGAUGAAGCUUUCAUGGCCACUGUCAACGAGGGAGGCUCUCGUGCACUAUUUUGAAUUCGACUACUUUCAAGAUGGUCUGAUUGUUGUGCUCCUGAACUCGAUCUCCGACUUGGAAAAUGUUGAUACUAGUACUCGUGGAUUCGCCCGAGAAGGAAUCCCUGAUGCUCGUGAUUUAGUGAGAAUCGAUGUGGUGGGCGGUUUAGCUCUGCAGAAAGUUACUGCCAACAGAAGCUACUUCCGAACAAUUGCCAACAUGGAUAUAAAACUGGAUUUUGUCCCUCCUGCAUUCAUCAAUUUUGUCUCGAGGCAGCUUAUAGGUAGCGGGUUCAAGCUUUAUAAGAAGGAAGUGGCUUCUGUUUGCAGAGGCGAUGAAGAUUUUAGCGAGGCGUUAAAGGGUGUGCAGUACAAGCGAAUCCGGGAAGCUCUCUAUUCGGAUUGUAACGCUAAUGGGGAUAUAGAAGCGGAAGGCGUGAAGACAAACAACGAUAUGCAGACAAGCGAUACAGACGAAAAUGAAAUCCAGGAAGAGGAGGUUCGCGAUUGUGUUCAUCAUUCACCAUCUGAGGACAGAAACAUUUGUGGUGAGAUUGAGGAAGUCGAUGAGGAAGAUGGUGGAAAGGCGGGGACUGUUGAUUCCCCGAGGAAUCAAAUCGUACAGGGAGGAGGCUCCACCACUCGAAACAAGAAGAUAGCCAUUAGCCCCGAGGUUCAGCAAGCUCUGGCAACACUGGAAAAGGCUAUUUCUUUCAUCCGCGAAAAUGGAUGCAACUCAAAUUUCAAAUCUAUGUGCAGAAGCAACAUAGAAGAUUCAAAAUUCUCGGGAUUUAACCAAAUUCGCAUGAAUGGCAUUGCGACUACUACUGAAAUAUCGAGAAAGGAAUCAGUAGAGAUUACCUCGUACGAGCAUAGGAUUAGCUCCUGCAGUCAUAGUUCCAGGCGUACGAGUUCUAGUUUGUGCACAAAGGAAACGAGCCAUAAUAAGAUAGCACCGGUGUCACCAGAUGCUUAUGUUGCCAACCCUAACAAGCCUCACCAUACCGAUUCAAAUUCCUGUGGAGAUCACAAAGCAGCAGAGACAAUUUUGGAGAAUAUAGAGAAGAACAAUAAUCUGACAGCUUCUCAUGUAAAUCACAUCAAAGAAGAUAGAACUGGUAAAAGAAAAACCAGAAAGCUUUCAUAUUGUUGCUAUAGUUUACUUUCUAGGCAGAUUUCGACUUAAGAAUUAGCGACUCUGGUUUAACCAUAACAGUUUCAUGAAAAUAUAGAAAACGAAUAACAUUCAAAUUGAUAAUUUUCUCAUCCUUUUAAGAUGUGACUUUUUCUGUAA